GUGAUUUAGAACGAGGGUUUAUAUAUUAAUAUAUAGAACAACAACAGCAUGCCUAUGAUAGUCAACCUGUUUAUAGUCAACCUCCUCCUCCUCCUCCUCCUCCUGCUCCUAUGGACGGCGGUUAUGGAAAUUUUGAGCCUAGUUAUCCACAAGAUGGAGGAGAAACUACGACUACAAUUAUUCGUGAAGAUGGUGGAUGGUUUGGACCUGAUAAAGAGACCAUCAUUACAACAGAUGAAUAUGGAGGACAAAGAAUUGUUGAAAGAGAAGAUGGUUGGUUUGAUAAUGAUGUUCAAGUUACAACCAUUGAUGCUAAUGGAAAUACCACUUAUGAGGAAUAUGACGAAGACAAUAGUGGAUUCUUUGAUUAAAAUAUCUUUUUUUUUUCACAUUAUAUGUGUACAACAUUUAUAUUCUAAAAAUAAAUUUUUAUACUUAAUAAAGACUUGAAUAUCGUGUAAAA